UAUCGCUGCCGUGAAGAAAGGAACGAGGAACAGUGCAGUCUCGAGCCUCGCGUCGAUCGCAACGCGUUUCUUUAUUUCACGACUGUUUUCAUGCUCGACUGCUACUUUUUUUAAAUGUGUGGUGUAGUGAUGAUACCGAAACGCGUUAAAAAUGUCCAUGAGAAAGAUAUAUCGGAGGUCCUCUGUAUAGAUUAAUUCAGUUUUCAAAAAAAGAAAAAGAAAAAGAAAAAAAGAGACCAAACACUUGGACCGAAAAUCAAUGGUAAACAACAAUGAGGCUGUAAAGAAGUUUGGUCACAAUACAAAAAUCAUAUUUGAAGAAGAAACUUCCAAAGUAUCGUCAAAGACAACCUUGGUAUCAAGUUUUCUGCCUGAAUAUUUUUCAUGUCUAAAAAGCAAAGAUAUUAUUUGCGAGGAUGAUCGAAUUCAUUCGAAAAAUAAAUGAUUAAGAUUUAUUCGGAAAGAAUCAUUUGAGGAUGUCGACGUGCGCGAGGUGGACCUUAUGGCUGUCGAGAACGCGUUUCCGAUUCUAUUCGACAAGUCUAGUGUGCUACCGGAAAUGUUGAUGAUGAACGGGCCGGAUCCACGAGCCAUGGACUGGCGGGGGGUCGCAUUCGCGUUUCUAUUGGUGACAAUAGCAAGGCAUAGCACCACACAUGCAGCCCAAAUUCCCCAGCAAUCGUCUACGUCAACCGUUGCGAUAGCGAGUACGGUGCAGAUCGAGUGUGCGAGCGAGUCGAUAGUCGUCCAUAUUUCGACCGAGCGUAACACGGAGUUUCAUGGUCUGGUCUAUCCACGGGGUUUAUCGAAGAACAGUUCUUGUCUACAAGAAUACAGAAGUCAACCAGCCCCUAUAACUUACAACCUGCCCCUCAGGUCGUGUAACACCAUGCCUACCGAGCUGGACGACGGUGGUAUCGAAUACUUCAAUACCAUAGUGGUGCAACCACACCUGAAGCUGGUGACCAAUCAGGGAAGGGGUUUUCACGUGCGAUGUCGAUACCAGACUCGAGACAAAGUGGUAACGAACGAUCAGACCCACGUGGCCAUGUUGCAGUCUCUACCGUUGCAGGCAACAGCACCCAUGCCAGGAUGCACGAUGAAGAUCUUCAGCGGAGAUCCAACGAGGCAUCAAGUGGCGGAAAAUGUGAAGAUCGGAGACCCUUUGACCUUGGUCAUCAGCAUCGACAGACAAGAAAUGUUCGGUUUGAAGAUCUCUGAUUGUCUGGUGCGAGAUGGUCUAGGAUGGGGAGAGCAAAGGCUCAUCAAUGACGAGGGUUGUCCGGUCGACGGAGAGAUUAUGGGGCAAUUCACGUACAACGAAGACAAAACGGAAGCAAAGGUGAACUUUCAGGCACACAAAUUCCCUUAUACAGCGAGUGUGUAUUAUCAAUGCAACGUUAGACUGUGCAUAAAACACGGAGGAGGAUGCACCAACACGCCACCAGCUUGUAAUUCGGUAAGCAGACGACGUAGGGAUACUACGAACAACAAUGUGGCAAAAGGUGUAGAGGGUCUGGAUGGAGGAACACCAGCAACAAUCGAAGUUUAUAGCGGGCUCUAUGUGAACGAAGCUUCUGAUAUAGGUGCAAAGUCAGAGUUCACCGACGAUGUCUUCAAAGAAAGGACUAUUGACGAUCCAAACAGCAUCUGUAUAUCUCAAAGAAGCUUCGCCAUUGGCAUCGCAAUCGCGGGUUUGAUCCUCAUGUUAGCGGUGGUCGCGGCAAUUUUGGUUUUACUUGCUAAAAGACGGCACAAAACCGUGUCGACGACAGGUUCGUCCAUCUACAGCGGACCCUACACCAAUACCGCCUACAGUCACAGCAGUUAAUAAGUUCGCUUAUAUAUUAUCACUGCAACGAGAAAUUUCAACGACAAACUGUCGCCACGUGAUAACGAAAAACAAAAAACAAAAAACGUAUCGGUUCUACGUCAGCCUCGUUACAUAGAGGCAUAGAUAAUUUAGGUAAAAUACAAACGAGGAGGUAUACUACCCUUUUGCUCAACUGCCGAUGCUACGUAUCGUCUUUUCGAGGAAAUAGCUCAGAACCCUUGGGUCCUGACACGUGAUCGAACACGAUUCGCUUCAAAAAAUAUUGACACACUCUGCUUACUUGCGGAAUCAUUUGAUUUCGAGGAAGAAUCAUAUUUUUUAUAAUACCUGAAUCUUUAAAUACUAGUGUGCCAAUAUUUUUUUUUUAAUUUAACAUCUACUAUCUACUCUGCUCUUUUCUUUCAAACAUCUUGUAUAUCGUUGAGAUAGGUAUAUUUCUCAUAUCUUGCCAAUCAUCUGGUAAAUCAUCUGUGUUUCUAUUUCUACGUAUACAAAUUUCUAACACUGCCCUAUCGUGAAAUUGUUCACUUUAACACGUGUCAUGACCUAUUAUCCAAGUUUAGAGAUAUCCUAGCGUCUAAAACUCGACAAUUUUAAAAACGAAUCGACACGAAAUCCCUUAGGAUUAACUUUAAUAUAUACAUUUAUGUUAUCGUAUGGUUAUUAUUAUUAUUACUAUUAUUAUUAUUCUAUACAUACUGUAUACUAGUCCGGUAUACGCUGUCCUAGCUAACCUAGCAAUCGCACUAAAAGAAAAAAAAAAAAAAGGAAAAGAGGUAAACUACACGGAUACUUGUUGUCCGUAGACAAUCAUCCCUGGUAAUUUAACUUAAAUCAGCCGUGCAGAACAACUCAGUCUAGCGUUUAAGGUAUGAAAUCAACUAGCAAACAGAGGACUGUUUAAGUGAAUCAAACGCCUCAGUGAACUUUAAACAUUGCCCUCUUUUUUUCUUCCUCAAUUUCCUCGCAAGUGUUGGCACGUCAUAAAGCAACCCUUGGCUCUAUCUUUUCUUUCGCCUUUCAAAACGUAUCGUUCUCUGACCGAUACACCAAGUUUAUUUCAACUCGUAGGAAUAUUAAAGUAAAUGAUAAAACAAAGAUAAGAUUCACGUUCGACCGGUUUAGAGUAUUAGAAAAAAUACAACUUCCUGUCGAAUCAAUGAAAAUACAUUAUAUGUACAGGAUUUACUUCUAACUAUUCAAUCAAGCAGAAACGAGUUACAGAUACAAGAUCAACUUCCGUUAAUCGGUCAGAGACGCGUCUCUGUACGUUCCUCAUGAAUAAUUAUUCUUCUGACGAGCAACAAGAGAGUUGUACGUGUUUCCUACGAGGCAAAAAUGCUUCGUGUCGCGUGAGAUUAAAUCCCGUUGCCGCAGAAACGAGGAAAAUGAACUGUACUUUAUCGAAUUGUACACACCAAAGACUACAGGUGUUUAAAACUACAACGAAUACGUUGCGAUGGAAAAUAAUUGAAAAUUUAUCUUAAUUUCGCUUAAUUGGUUUUAUCGAUCGAGAGUUUAGCGUCAGGACAGCAGUCGGUAACUGAUACCUCUGACGGUAAAUGCUUAAUGUGCAUAUUUCGUGUCUGCGACAACGCGAUCCUCACAUAACACGAGUGUGGUAAUAAGCGAGCGUAUAAUUCAUAAUAACGCUUAAACGUAAACUAGUUUAAUUAAAUCGAGGUGCUGCUCCAAUAUCGGUAUUCUUUUCACGAUUACUUUUGCUUUUUUUCGAAACAGAAAAUUGCAAAAAAAAAUCGGAAAACGAGAGAGUACUGAUAUUCCGCGUGGAGAGUUUAUAGUUUUUAAUCGUGAACAAAAAAGGGGCAGACUAAGGCUCGAUACAGACGAGCGAUUUUUCGCCGUGUGAUAUCGCUGCGAUCGUAUAUCUUUCUUUCUUUGUUCUUUGGGAAAAAAAAGAGUAACAGUAUAGCGCGACAAACAGUCGUUCCUCUAUAUCGGGUCUAAAACGCUGCCAAAACAUUCGCGUAACUGGGUCCAACAUGGUGGUGGGUACAGUCGUAAAAUUUACACAUAAAGAGGAAAUAGAAAAAAAAGGAAGAUAGACACGCAAACGUAACACUCGUAAUACGUUAAUUGUUAUAAAACAAUUUAGAAGACGAAAAAAAAAUGAAUUGUAUAAGUUGAUUUCGGUUUAUAGAAAUGUUUGAUCCUGACAACAGUUAUUUUCUGUGAACUAACGUUCGUUGACCAGUCUAGCUCUACUAUAAACAUCGUCCCGCACACCUAUAUUUCUUUUUAAAUCUUUAUGUUUAUCUAUACAUAUUACGAAUUUCACGGAAACGUAAUUCAUAAACAAAUUUAGGAUGGUUCUGCGUCACGAUGUUUUGCCAGUCUCUUAUUACAUGCAAUAAUUUCAAACGAUCAACAGUUCACAAAAUUUCUGCGUCAGAUCAAAAAUGCCCGACGAAUAAAUAACCAACGAGCGUUGUCAUUUCGUCGUGCUUGUGACACUGGUUCAUAGCGACAUUGGAGACUAAAAUGCUUAUACUUAUAGUACUUUUUUAAAAAAUAAUAAUACGCGUAUUCUUCUUCACGUCCCGCAAUGUUUCUCUGGACCCUUGUCCGAAGCGAUUUACAACGAAUUUAUGUACAUAACGAAGAACGUAAUAAACCUUGUAACCAUAAA